AUGUCGAUGCCGUCCGUGAGCGAGCAAGGAGUGUGGGAGUCCUUCAAGAACUACUCGUCUUCCAAGGCGCAUGCCCUGCGUGACUUCUUCUUCAACGCUUCCUCGCUGCGUGGGAACCGAUCGCAAGAGGUCGAGGGAAGGACGCACUUCAGCUUCGAUCGCUACAGCUGGAUACUCGCUAGUGCUAGGGGGAGGGUAUGGCAGGGCCCGUUCAACGACAGCUACAUCCCAGGACAAGUCUCGAACCGGCUCUACUCGAGCUUGGAGGAAGCCAAGGAGAAGUGCAAGUCUGAGUUGCAUCUCAGGUGCAGCGGCAUCACGCAGCAUCCUACCGACGGCAGGUGGAUGCUGCGUGGGCCCUCAGGUCAGCUCCAGCAGUCCCCCGAGCACGAGGUCUCGUGGUUGGCGCCGAGGGCAGAGAACGCAGGGAAGGUGUGCGUGCCGUAUGGUGAUAUCACGUCUCCUCCUGCUUCGGAAUCAGCAUGGGUAGGGCAGGUAGCAUGGAAGCAUGGAAGCUGUUUGAACCUCAAGCACGGAGCGAUUUGGUUAUUCCAUGCGCGAAAGGCUGCUGGAACGACCUUGAGGAAAUUCUUCGAGGGGAUCGCGUCUGAUCACAAAGUUCCGUUUUGGGAGACAGAAGGGAAAACGAUAGAGGAUCAGUUUUUAAUGCUACCUGGGGUUUUCACCGUCACCUCAAUUCGUCAUCCUGUACAGAGGAUCUUCAGUUUGUAUUGGUACGAACAUGUAGGGUGGUGGGAUGGGAUCGCCAAGGACCACUCCAAGAUGCGGACGAUGAACAACUGGAUUGAUGAAUGGCGAGAUGGAUCGGAAUGGAAGAGAAAGUACAUGACGAGAUUCCCGGGCAACGUGUAUGUGGAGAUUGAGAACUAUUUCGUCAAGCUGUUCUGCGGCUGGAAGGGGCCUGCUCCAGUGACAGAAAAAGAUCUUGAAAGAGCAAAAGUUGUCUUGUCGAACUUUGACCUUGUGGUUCCUGACUCGUACUGCAAGUUUCCCAUGGAUGAGAUAGAGAAACCUGAGGCAUUUAGGAUGGUGACGACGAUCUUCGACGUGCGGAAUGAAACUUUCAAGAAAGAAAACAAGGUCGAGCCCAAGAUCGAAGCUGCAAAGCAGAAGCUGAAGCAUCUCGUGGCAGACAAGGACGCCAUCACGUCGAGGCUUCUAGAGAUGAAUGCGCUGGACAUGAAACUCUUUGAGUUUGCUCAAAACUUGUACAAGACACGGCUCUCUACCAUCUUGAGGUAG